AUGGGAAUUAGCAAAGCUACUUUGCUCCUUCUUUUCUUGCUCAGCUCAGUGCAAGGAAGCAUACUAGACAGCUAUGUGAGGACAGAGGGAGCUUGGGUGCUUAACUCAAUGAAGCAAACUUAUAAGACAAGUAGUAAAGAAGAAUGUGCAGAGCAAUGUGAAACUGAAACUAAAUUUCCUUGCAGGGCCUUCUUAUUCACCAGUAAAGACCAGCAGUGUAUAACAUUGGCUGAGAACACCAAAACAGCAGUGCUAUUCAGAAGAACAAACGCAGUUCUUUAUGAAAAAAGAAUUUAUCUUCUAGAAUGCAAGGAAGGUAGAGGGAACGGUUACAGAGGAACAGAAGCCAAAACUCAGAAGGGUGUGGCAUGCCAGAAGUGGGCUGAUACUGCACCCCAUAAACCUAAUUACACACCUGAAAAAUACCCUGGAGCAGGGCUGGAGGAAAAUUAUUGCAGAAAUCCUGAUAAUGAUGAAAAAGGACCCUGGUGUUACACAACAGAUCCUAAUACCAGAUUUGAUUACUGUAACAUCCCAGAAUGUGAAGUGGAGUGCAUGCACUGCAGUGGAGAAAACUAUCAUGGAGUAGUUGCAACAACAGCAUCUGGGCUUGAGUGCCAACGCUGGGACUCCCAGCAACCUCACUCUCAUGGAUACCUCCCUGAAAAUUUUCCAGAGAAGGAUCUGAAGAUGAAUUAUUGCCGUAACCCUGAUGGUGAACCUCGGCCCUGGUGUUUCACUACCAACCCAAAUAAACGCUGGGAAUUUUGUGACAUUCCUCGUUGCACAACACCCCCACCUGUACCUGCACCAGGGCGUCAGUGCCUGUCAGGAAGAGGAGAAGACUAUCGAGGCAAGAUAUCUGUUACUGAAUCAGGGAAUACCUGCCAGCACUGGAGUGCUCAGUUUCCUCACAGACAUGCUCGCACUCCUGAAAACUAUCCCUGCAAGAAUUUAGAGGAAAACUAUUGUAGAAACCCUGAUGGUGAAAAGAUGCCAUGGUGUUACACCACGAAUGCAACUGCUCGAUGGGAAUACUGCACCAUCCCUUCUUGUGAUGGGAAAGAGCCAGACACCCCUGCUGUUGAUCAGCCUGAGCAAGCUCAAGCAACUGAGGAGUGCUACCAAGGCAAUGGUGUGAGUUAUCGUGGUACAGCAUCUUUCACUAUCACAGGGAAGAAAUGUCAAGCCUGGAACUCAAUGUCACCACACCGUCACAAUAAAACUUCAGAACACUUCCCAAAUGCGGACCUGAGGCAGAAUUAUUGCAGAAACCCAGAUGCUGAUAGCCGCCCAUGGUGCUACACCACUGACCCAAGUGUGAGAUGGGAGUACUGCAACCUGAAGAGAUGUAAUGACAAUGUACAGAUGACUCUACCAAAACCUCCUCAGACAACUCUGGAACCAAAUCCUGAUUGCAUUCAUUCAAAUGGUAUAGAUUAUCGUGGCACAGUAGCAAGAACUGCAAGGGGCCGGACUUGUCAAGAGUGGAGUUCUCAGACACCACAUAAACAUGACUACUUCACUCCAAGGACUCAUCCAAAAUCAGGCCUGGAAAAAAAUUAUUGCAGGAACCCUGAUGGAGAUGUGAAUGGACCUUGGUGCUACACAACUGACCCAAGAAAAGCCUGGGAGUACUGUGACAUUCCCAAGUGCCCUCCUGCUCAGUAUGAGUGUGGAAAGGCCAAGACCAGACCAAAGCUGUGUGCUCAAAGGAUUGUUGCUGGGUGUAUUUCGCAUCCACACUCCUGGCCCUGGCAAAUCAGCCUCCGGACAAGUUACGGCUUGCAUUUCUGUGGGGGAACCCUGAUAGAUCCACAGUGGGUUCUUACUGCUGCUCACUGCUUAGAAAAGUCAUCACGGCCAUCUUGGUAUAAAGUAUAUCUUGGAUUACAUGAAGAAAGAGCAUUAGAAACAUCAGUGCAGAAAAGAGAUGUUGAGAAACUGUUCAAGGAGCCUCACAGGGCGGACAUUGCUCUACUAAAACUGAGGAGCCCAGCAAUCAUCACUGAUCAGGUAAUCCCUGUUUGCUUGCCGAAAGAAAAUGCUGUGUUAGGAGGAAGAGAGGAGUGCUAUGUAACAGGCUGGGGAGAUACAAAAGGAACUCCUGGUGAAGGCUACUUAAAGGAAACUGGCUUCCCUGUAAUUGAGAAUAAAAUAUGCAACCGCCCCGAAUUUUUGAAUGGGAGAGUCAAAAAACACGAGCUCUGUGCUGGAAAUAUUCAUGGAGGCACAGAUACCUGCCAGGGAGACAGUGGAGGACCUCUAGUUUGUCUGGACCAAGAUAGAUUUGUCCAACACGGAGUCACCUCUUGGGGCCUUGGCUGUGCCCAACCCAUGAAACCUGGAGUUUAUGUUCGAGUUUCUAGUUAUAUUCCUUGGAUUAAGAGCGUAAUGGAAAACAACUGAUCCUGGGUAUGGACUGCCCUCUCCUGGAAAGCAGUAUGCACAUUAGAAAUACAAGAUUACAAGUGCAAUAUUAAAGCUACAAUCAUUCCUAAAAAGCAAAAUAAAUAUGAUCAUCCAUUUAAAAUUGCUUUAAGGUAAU